GGGGAGGAGAGUGGUCUUAAACCUAAGGAGGGGUGGGUGAUGGUUUGGAAAUCUGCAGUUUCCACUGAGCGAGGCUGUGAGUGGAGAGUGAGCCCUGAUUAACCCCAUGUGCAGGUAGUGGCUGCAGGUGGGACCCUGGAUUCAAGGACUGUCCAUCAAAUGCUCUCCUUGAACAAAUGAAGCAACCAAAGCUGGCAGAGACAAUGCCAUAGGGCCCCCAAAACAUAGAUUUAGGGGUCUAAUGUGAUCUCUCCCACUACUCUGUAAGCUUGAAGAUAUAUCUUACUUAUCUCUGUAUGCCCAGAAUCUAACAUAAAGCCUGGAAUAUUAGUGAGUUAAUAAAUAUAUGCGGACUGACAGAAUGUGUGACAAACGAUGGGUCAUUUAGCCAUAUGAAAUUAGAUGCACAGGUAACAUCUGGGGGGGGUCUGAAGUGUAAUCUAAUUUUUCGUGGCAACUAAAGUGAAAUUGUAAAGAAAAGAGUAAAAUUGUACUAGGUGCGAAGGAUAUACGUCCCCAGGAGGAUGCCACUCUCCCCGCUGGCCUUAUGUCCCCCUAAAGAAAGAACAGUUCUUUCUCCUUUGACCAAGGCAAACUGGUUUGGCCAACCAGGUCGGUACAAGAUUCUUGGGUCAGGGCCAGAAAGAACAGGACAGUGAGUGGAUAUUUUUGUUGUUUUCCAGCAGUAGUGGGAGAGAGCUCGUCAGAGAAUGGCUUCUGUGUCCUAGGUGGCUUGGUUUCCCUUCUUUGGUUGCUGCCAUGGAGUCUCCUUCAGAUGCCCUUGAGAACUUGUGGUCAGUAAAUCUGCCACUCAGACCAUGGGAAUGAAUGAGCAGGGGCUACAUUCUAUAGAGUCCACGUGUUAUUGGAGUGUUUUUCACUUCACCUCCUUCCCAAACUUUUCUUUGGGGAUUUUUCUUCAGUAUGUGGGCCAGUCCAGAGGUGGAGAUGUUGCAUGGUGAUUUUUGCUACAGUUGGGUUACACGGUGCAUUUGCCUUUGUUGCUGGCCUCUUGCUCCUGAUGCAGCUGUGUAGGCUCUUAUAUCCUUACAACCCUAGCUGCAUUCAUGUAGCUUUGUUUCACCGUUGGCUGACAGCGCAGAACAAGAUUGGACCUUGUGCCUUGAGAAGUCCUGUAACAGGUUGGGAGGAGUUCUGACUCUGUUCUUUUCCACUGGGUUUGCUCUAUAUUCUUUGGAGCAGAGCACAAAGAUCUCCACAGACCUCUAGGGCAAGGAGAAGACUAGUUAAUAUUCUGUCAACUUGGAACUCCAAGAUCUUGUGUUUACUUGGGUAAAGCCACUACAUGUAGUCACAAUUGAGAAUGAAGUCAUUUUUUUCGUUCGCCAUAAGGGGGCACUCUUGGCUCUGCUUCUUACCUUUUCUGGGCUAGGCAGAGAACUUUGUUGAUUUAGGAGCCAACUCGUAAUUUGAGGACUGGUAAGACCAACCAUGUCUGUGGUCAUUUCUGUCCAGGAUUAUAACUAAUUCUUGCCUAAUUUGUAAUAUCUGAAAAGUGUUCUCAAAGAAUAACUGUGCCCCAAAUGGGACAUGAAAAUAAAAACUUGCCUAAUAGGUAAGAGUGGUCAGAACCUCAGACAUGAGGAGGAAGUGGGGAAUGCUUUAACCAAGGCUUCACACUUAUUAAGACUGUUGAUAUUAUCUCCAAACAAUGAUUAUUUUGUGUUUGUGGGUAUGAAAUGUGUUAAUUUGUUAAAUGUAAACCUUUAAAGUAUCCUAUAAUUUUAACUCGUCAUUUUUUUUUUUGAUAUAUGGAGAGAUUUUCAAAAUGUGACCCCUGAAAGACAACAUCAGGUUAUCAUAAUUCUGAUUUUUAAAAAAGUUUGUCAGUGAUUCAUUCAAGAGUAUUUAUUGAGUAUUUAUUGUACUGUGCAAGGUACAGAUUUCAAGAUCAAUUCCAAACUAAACAAGUAAAACCUUCUCUACCAACUUGGUUUAGUAGUACUAAAACAAAUUAGUUUUACACUGUGUAAAUGCGUGUAGUUUUACACGCAUUUUUACACUGUGCCUUCCGGGGUUUUGAAGCCCUCUCAUAAGGCUUUGAUCUUUACAACACCCCUCUGACCAGUAAGGUGAGUAUUUUCUCUGCUUUACAGGCAACGGUAUGCCUUUUAAUGGGGACGAUUGUAUAUGCUUUAAAUAUUUUAAGCAGGUUGUUGAGAGUUCCAACAAUGUCAGUAGAAGCACCCACUUACACGUGACACAGAUGGAUCAAAAUAUAAAGAGAACACUUUUAAAACCAAAUAUGUAUCAGCAUCUGUGUCAAAUAAGGCCAUCAAGGACUCUCUUGGGGGAGCUUAUACCCUCCCCCCCAUGUUCUUCAUCAGCAUCCCCUACUGUUUUGGUGUUGAUAAUUACUGUGUUCUGAGUCUUUUGUAAACUGCCCUAUAAAUGCAACUUCGAUGCCCCACUCCAACACGAACCUCCUCCUGUAGAGGUACCUACCUUGAAAUUGACACUGACCAAGUUCUGCUCUCAGUUUGGCUCUUACUUCCUAUUGAACCCUAGCUAGUCUUGACUUUUCUGAGACUGAGUCUUCAUUUUUACAGGGAGGGAUUAGAUUUUGAUCUUUGAGUUUGCUCCACCCUCUAUGAGUUUUACGUGUUACAGCUGUAAAAUGUUACAACACUUCUCAUCUCUGAUAUCCAGGAAUAAUCGUUUCGGUUAGAUAGAUGCCAACACAGUCUCACCUAAUUAUGGAAAGAAAAAAUAAUCGUAAAGGCCAUGCAAAAAAAGAGAUUGUGUCAUUGGUAAAGGGUUUUUCCAACUACAUCUUCUAUUUUGGGGGGGGGGCAUUACACGUUGUCUUUUUGUGAGUUGGUACCAAAUAGCUUUGAGAUUGUGUUAAAUAUGCACAGACCUGAUUGGUGUACUCUCAGAAAAGUGAUUGGAUCUCUGUCAGAAAGACCAUGCCAAGACAAAAAUACACAGAAGUCAAAACCACCUGGAGAAGCACAAGAAACAGUGUGGCCAAAAUCCUAAUACCAUCACAAGUCAGUAAACACCCCCUUCUGUGGAAAACCAUCCCAGUAAUCCCAGUAAGUAAAUAGACUUAAAUGAUAUCAACCAGUGCCCCAGAAAAAAAUGAUUCCUUUUUAAGCCUCUAUUUAAAGCCAGUAUCUUCUAAAAUGAGCAUUGAGUUCACAGAUAUCUUUUGAACAUCAUUAUGUGCAAGGUAUGAUGCUUGACACUGGGGGAAAAAAUCCUAGAAGGUAGACUCUGUGCCCUAAAAAGACCUAUUCAUCUAGCAAGCCAUUAAGUAAAUUUUGUGUAAGUUUAAAGUGUUUAAAGUGCAUGUUUGCCAAUGCAGGAAAUGGUACCACUGAAGUCAAGGCUAAAUAGGGCUCAGUUUUAUUUGGGUCCAUUAAGUGAUGAUGGUUUUGAUCCGUCAAAAUGUGCCUACUGUUUCAGCAUCCUCCAUGAGAGAGAGUGGACAACUGAUGAGAUUUUAACUGACCACUUGCCCCGAGACGAUUGCAUUUGUAGAUAGGAGGACACAGACUUCUGUCCUGGGGGUGCUUCAUGGGCUGGAAAGGCAGAGAAGCUGGUGGCUAUUCUUCAAAGUGCUGCGAGUAAGAGGGCAGAGCCUGGGCCAAGCAGGCUGAAGCUGUGGCUUCAGGUCUUGCUGCUCAGGGUUUUCUGGAGCAUAUUCUAACAGGCUUAGGGAUAGAGGAUGGAAGAACCAAGUAAGGAAGAGAACGUGUUGGUUGAGGCUGGGACCUCAGAGGAGGCAGUCCUGAUAGCAAUCUAUUAGCUAAAUCCAAAUUAAGCAAAUGAAGCCACCCACUUAAAUCUGAGAGAAUCCAAAGCGUUCAAGCAUGAGAGCUGAAACCAAAGAGAAGAACAGCAUGUGCUGAACGGAAAUUUGAAGGUUGACUUAAUUUCUGUGGAGGGCAAAUCUGAGUGAUAUUUUACUCCUGAGCAGAAUUCAUUUGUAAGUCUGAGAAAGUGAGCUUUGAUGGUCCCUCUGGAGCACUGAGGGGCCCAAGAGUGAAGGCUUAGUAAAUGGCAUAAGAGACAUUCAAUAGUGUGGUGUAAUUCUCAAAUAAACUUCUUUUUAAAAAUCACCCCACCCCCCCAACACCCCCCAAAAAAAGUAAAGGAGAAAAAGCCCUCCCCUUCUCUCUGAGAUGCUGCUUGAGUUAUACAGAAUUCAAAGGUAGGGUGAUGUCUACCAGGAAUGGGAAAGAAGAAAGUGCCUGGGUUGUCCUAAAGGUGACCUGCAAAGAGCAGUGGAGGAGGGGGAAGACUGAAGAGAAGCCUAGAAAGGACAGGCUGUCUAAGUGGGAGAAACCCCCCAGCAGGGAGGCCAAGGGCCUGUAUGGUACCUGUCUCUGCUACCAUUCAGAUAUCCAAGCAACAUUAGAAAAUUCACCCCCUUUCCUAUUUUGCAUUGGCUGUCAAGAAGCUCAAAGCUGCUUCUGAACAUUUAUCUGAUCAAGACACAAACAGAAUAUCAUAAUAUUCUUACGACCAACUGAGUUUAAAAAAAAUUAAAAAGGCUGCGGUAGGGCCAGAGGCUGGGGGUUCCAGAGAAUGGGCAUCUAAGGAAUAUCCAUAUUCCAUUAGUGGCAGUUCAAGGAGGUUCUGAAUUAUGAAUUGACCUAGUAUAGGGGUGUGUGUGUAUACAUAAACAUAAAACAUCCUAUAUAUAUCAUAUAUUAAUAUAUAUGUUAUGAAUUGGACUAUUACAUAUCCUAUAUUUUAGGCCCAUAUAUUGGUCUAUAUUUUUGUUGUACUUAUUUCCUCAUAGUAUAUGGCUUUAUAUCUUUUCUUUCUCUUUACAUAACUUUAUUUGAUUUUAAAUGCAAACUUCCUCAAUUAUUCUUUAGGUAAAAUGUGGAGUACACAUUUAAAAUAAUAUGUCUCAUUCUGUAACUCUGUUCCAGGCACUAUACUUUUACUUCUGUAAGACCAUGGCGAUAAUAAUCUUGGCAGUGUGGCAAACCCUGCUCUUCUAAGGACUGGAUGAAAUCACUUCAAGUAAAACACUUAGUUAAUGCCUGGCAGACGUUACAUAGUAACUUUAACAUUAUUAUUAUUGUUUUCUCAUUUAAUGCUUGCAGUAGCCUCAUGCGAUGGCUACUAUUGUUAUUUCCCUUUGGAAAGGAAGGGGUGAUAAGAAUACGAAAAGCUUCAUGGAGAGAGGCAAGAAGAGGCAGAGCUAGGGUUAGGAAUGAUCCCUGGCUUCAAAGUUUCCGUCCCAAACUUCUAUCCUCUAGGCGCCCCUUGUGUCUGGCCCCCGGGUCAAACGCGGAGGUUGCUUUUCAUGCAAGUCCUGGGGUCACCCCCUGCCCCCGCCCCGAGCCCCCGCAGAGCUCUCCUAGUACGACUUGCUCAGGCUCAGUCCAGGCCAGUCGACUCCUGCUGAUGGUGGAGAAACGCUGAGGUGAGCGUGGCCUCGCCGGUGGGCUCUCUGAGCCUGGGAUGGUUUGGGGGGAUAGGCGUCAAGGACGUGGGGUAAGUUGGCGUCGCGAAGCCAGCAAGGGAAAAAGGUAGGGAGGGCGUGACAUCAUCUGUUCAAUCAACAGACUCCCCUGAGGCUUCCAGAAUGCAAAAAUAUUCCCUUGAUUCCUCAAAGUGGGUGGUUUACUGAUUUGACUGCUUCCACCCCAAAUUGAGAUGCAGCGGCUUUUAGCCAGAUCUGGGCAGGCUCUGGAUGUUAAAUCCAGCCCUUGACUUUUUUUUUUUUUUUUAAGUGAAGGAUAACAGUCGCGGUCCCCUCUCCUCCCUCCGUGCCUCCAGGUUCCCGUCGCUGGUCUGGACGACCCGCCCGCCAGGUUUUGGGGCUCCUCCAGGGGAGUCUGCGUGAGGUGGGAUCUGCAGCACUCCCGAGCUGGCGGGCAUAGCUCCUCACCGGAGACCCUGAAACUGGAGGAGGUUCCCAUCCCGCCAGUCGGAUUUCCUGCGCUGCUCGCCGCCGCGCGCCACCAAAGACCCGCGGUUAACUCUGCGAAAGGUUAGUUUGCUGAUCACUGCUGGUUACAUCAAUACGGCGAGAGCAGAAAGAAAAGAUCCGAAAUACGAAAGGAGCUCUUUCCGGUGGUGAUGGAAGUAUUCUUCAUCUUGUUUGGGAAUGGUGAGGAUCCAUGAAUUGAGUUGUCAAAACUCGUAGAAACGCUACACUGAAGACCUGUGCGUGGUAUCGUGUGUCAAUUGUACGUCAAUUAAAAAAUCAGAACGUAAUCCUGCAUGCAUGGAAAGUAUUGCGUGCCAUUGCGUAACUGCAUACAUGAAUGCCGAUUAAAUGCAGCCGUAGAUGAGUAUUUACAGCAACUAAGCGCAACUCGGUUGGAUUAUUUAAUUAUGCAAGCUCCCCGAAGCCGGGAAAGGGAGGAAAACGGCGGCUGACAUCACUCGGGGGCGGGGCCGAAAGCCCUAAGAAAAGUCGGUAGGACCCGGGCGGCAGCCGCUGCUAGACACCACCUCAUCAUGAGCAGCCGCAACGGCUCCGAGCUCCACGUCCUCUGCAGCUCCGGCCAGCUGUUCUUGCAGCCCCUCUGGGACCGCCUGAGGACCUGGGAGGCCCUCAUCCAGUCGCCCUUCUUCCCCGUCGUCUUCUCCAUCACCACCUACCUGGGCUUCUGCCUGCCCUUCGUGGUGCUGGACGUCCUGUGCCCCUGGGUGCCCGCGCUACGGCGCUACAAGAUCCACCCGGACUUCUCGCCGUCGGCUUGGCAGCUGCUGCGCUGUCUAGGGCAGACGCUCUACCAGCACGUGGUGUUCGUGUUCCCCAUGACACUGCUGCACUGGGCGACCAGCCCCGCCCUCCUGCCCCCCGAAGCCCCCGAGCUGCUCCAGCUGGUCCGCCACGUCGUGCUCUGCCUGCUGCUCUUCGACACCGAGUUCUUCGUGUGGCACGUGCUGCACCACAAGGUGCCCUGGCUGUACCGGACCUUCCACAAGAUGCACCACCAGAACUCGUCCCCGUUCGCGCUGGCCACGCAGUUCAUGAGCGUCGGGGAGCUGCUUUCCUUGGGUUUCUUUGACAUGAUGAACGUCUUGCUGCUCCAGUGCCACCCGCUGACUGUCCUGACCUUCCACGUGGUCAACAUCUGGCUGUCGGUGGAGGACCACUCGGGCUACGACUUCCCCUGGUCCACGCACAAACUGGUACCUUUCGGGUGGUACGGGGGCGUGGAGCACCACGACCUGCAUCACUCCCAGUUUACCUGCAACUUCGCCCCUUACUUCACACACUGGGACAGAAUACUGGGAACUCUGCGGUCUGCUCACGCCAAGUGACAUGCAGGCACCCCUCCCGGCGUAGUAGUGUGUGCUGUGGUGAGGAGUGGGUGUACCUCAGACAUUGUGCGUUUCACCCUUGAAUCGGGAGAGACGUACUUGAGGUUGCUUUUUUUGUUUUAUUUGCUGGAAACUUAUAGAGAAAAUCUGAUGUAUUUUUCACAAUCCAGUAAAGUAAUUUAUGUGAUGUUUGUAUGUCAACAAUUAUAUUCUUGAUGUGGAAUUCCAGCUCACUUCAAUAGCUUUGAUUUCUGGGUAUAAAGUAUCCAAAAUCACUGGCGUAUUUAAAUAAUCUCUAAAGGGGUUUGUUUGUAGAACAAGGAAUUUCACUCUGUUUGAAGGUGUCCUAGAACUAGGCUAAAAUAAUAUAUUUUUAUGGAGAAUCUUAUCUCUGACUCGGUAAACAAUGAAACAUGUUCCUGCUGGGCAGUGACUAAGAUUAUUGCGCCUUUUUUCUUUGUUUUCAUAGAACUGUAUAUUUAUAUUGAAGGAAACGUUAUUUAUGCUUGAAAAAAAGUAAAAAAGAACAUAAAUCAAA